AUUAUAAAUUUUUAGAAUGAUGUACCUGCUGCAAGAAGCAUUCUGUCAUUGGCCUUUCAAGCUAAUCCCAACAGUGAAGAAAUUUGGUUAGCUGCAGUCAAAUUAGAAAGUGAAAAUAAUGAGUAUGAAAGAGCUAGACGACUUCUAGCCAAAGCUAGAGCUAGUGCUCCAACAGCCAGGGUUAUGAUGAAAUCUGUGAAAUUAGAAUGGGCUUUGGGAGAUUUAAUAGAAGCAAAAAAUCUACUUGAAGAAGGAUUAAAACUGUAUCCUGACUUUGCAAAACUAUGGAUGAUGAAAGGCCAAAUAUUGGAACAAGAAAACAAGAUUGAUGAAGCUCGUGAAGCAUACAAUCUAGGGUUGAAAAAAUGUCCAACUUCUAUUCCUGUUUGGUUACUUCUGUCGCAACUUGAAGAGAAAGGAGGUGCACUCAUUAAAGCACGAUCAGUCUUAGAAAAAGCUCGGUUACGAAAUCCAAAAUGUGCCGAAUUGUGGUUAGAAGCUGUGAGAGUAGAACUUCGUGGUGGACUAAAAGAUAUUGCUUUGACUUUAAUAGCAAAAGCUAUGCAGGAUUGCCCCAAUAGCGGGAUUCUUUGGGCAGAAGCCAUUUUUAUGGAAGCACGACCUCAGCGUAAGACGAAGAGUGUUGACGCACUGAAACGUUGCGAACAUGAUCCUCAUGUUCUUCUUGCUGUUUCUAAAUUGUUUUGGACUGAAAGAAAAAUGAAUAAAGCAAGAGAAUGGUUUAAUCGAACUGUUAAAAUUGAUCCCGAUUUAGGAGAUGCUUGGGCUUAUUAUUAUAAAUUUGAAUUACUUCAUGGUACAGAGGAGCAACAAGAGGAUGUCAAAAAAAGGUGUGUUAAUGCAGAACCUCACCAUGGAGAACAUUGGUGUCAAAUUUCUAAAGAUAUUGCAAAUUGGAGGAAAAAAACAGAAGAGAUAUUAGUAAUGACUGCAAAUCAGUUAUCUAUUCCAACUUGAAAAUACCAAACUAUUUUUUUAUUUAUAAAAAAAUUCAUCCAUGAAAAAAUUAGUAAAAUAAUCAUCAUAUUCAUAUCUUUAAAUUUAUCCAUUGUAUAGUUUUAUUGUCAAUAAAUGUAAAUUGUUUUUUAUAA